GGAAGGUGGGGUUCUUCAAUUCAAUAUGUGUACUUAGGUACAUACCGCUCUGAAUAAGCAUGAGCUAAUGGAUCGUAAGCAAUUUCCAACCAAAAACCUUCAUAUUAGAAACAAUGGCCGAGUACAUGACGACCUUCAAUUGCCAUAAUCCAUCUUGCUAUGUCUCUAAUGUAGGCGCUAGUCCUAUUCUAUGAAGACUAGGUGUUUAUUCCAAGGUAAUGUAUCUGUUGAAUGUUUAUAACCAUCGUCAAAUGCUUCGUAAUAAGAACUGAGGUGGUCUUGUAUGAUCUCGUUCAUUCCCGAAGCAGAACCCAAACGGUAUAUUUUAAUCACAAAUUUCUAUCUUCGAUUCCGAUCUGCUCACUUUUAGCCAUAAUCUGUAACUUCGACGUAUCUCGACAAAACUUAUUAAAAUUUGAUCAUUGCUUCUAGAUGAAUACUAUCAAACACGCCAUGUCGAAAACGCUCUCGCACGCUAAAAUCACGGCCCAUCGCUCGGCUGCUCGCGGGCAUUCGGAUCAUGGAUGGCUCAACACUUACCACAGCUUUUCGUUCGCUGACUGGUACGAUCCGAGGUUCUCGCACUUCGGCUCGUUGAGGGUUUUAAAUGAAGACCGAGUUAAGCCGAAUUCGGGAUUCCCAACACACCCUCAUCGGGAUUUUGAGAUAUUUAGCUACAUUAUCUCCGGCGAGCUGACCCACCGAGAUAGCAUGCUUCGAAAGGGGGCCGAAGGUGGGCAGUCGGACAAGUUUUAUCGAAUGCGUCGAGGGGAUGUCCAGUUCACCACUGGCGGAACGGGCAUCGCGCACUCCGAACAGAACGAACAUUCGAGAGAGACGGUCCACUUCCUCCAGAUCUGGGCAAUGCCCUGGAAGCGUGGACUCACUCCGAGGUAUCAUACCCGUCAUUUUAGCGACGAGGAGAAGCGCAAGGGUUUCGUUCCAAUAUUAAGUCCGCUCAAGGGCGGCCCGGAGGCUACUUUUGAGCAGGAGAAAGUUGCCGAGCCGGCAAUUGAGGGCACCAUACCAAUUCACGCCGACUUUGUAAUGGGGGCUGGCCUGAUUGCGCCACAAGAAAAAUUUGAUUGGAUUGUAGGGGCCAAGGCAACGGAGAACAGUAAGAGAAAGGUGUACAUUCAUGUCCCGAUGACAAAGAAUGGAAAAGCCAAGGUUCGUCUGGAUGGUCGAGAUGAGGUUUUCGAGGAGGGUGACGGUGCAUUUGUUGACGGCGUGAAUGCCGGAGAUAGGUUGACGGUAGAGAGUGUAGGCGAAGUUGAAGCUGAGGUCGUGAUCCUCGAUACUGCGUGAUUAGCACUAUAAUUAUUAAAUAACAUUCAUAUUUUCAGAA